AGGCUCAGGGGGUGUCGGGGGAGGGGACAGACCCCCGGAGCCGCCCCCCGAGACAAUCACGUCUCCUUCUGUCUCCGCAGCACCCAGAUGAACGACGCCCCAGGCCCCGAAAUGCCCCUGCAGCCCCCGGCGGACGCCUCGCCGGGCUCCCCGGACCGGGGCGACGUCUCGGUCGUGAUCGUGGGGGCGCCAGGCUGCGGCAAGUCGGCCCUGCUCAACGCCGCGCGGGGCCUGGCGGAGGGUGACGCCCGCGCGGCCCCGCUGGGGGCUCCGGCUAGCUCCGGGGGGCCUGUGCUGUACCCCGAUCCAGCCCGGCCCAACCUGCUGCUCUGGGAGCUGGCCCUGACGGAGGGCGAGGGGCCGGCGCGCUGGCUGGCCGAGGGGGACGUGGUGCUCCUGGCCACCGACGGGCUCUUCGGUGCCGGCCACGCCCGCCUGGCCCAGGAGGCCCGCGGCGCCGGCAAGACGGUGCAUUUCGCCCGCACCAAGGCCGACCUGGACCUGCACACCCUCCGGCGGCUCCUGGGCGAGCGCUACGACCGGGCCCGGGCCCUCGACGCCCUCCGGGCCGCCUGCGUCCAGUCCCUGGCGGCCCACGGCCUCGGGGAGCCCCCGCCCAUCGUCUUCCUCGUCUCCGGCCACGAGCCCCAGGAGCUGGAUGGGCCCCUGCUGCGCCAGGCUCUGGUGGGAGACGUCAGGGUGUACGAGAGGGUGCUGCGCCCGGCGCUCUCCGGCUUUGAGCAGAUCAGCGAGCGGGAGGUGGCCGAGAUCCAGGAGGCCUACGAGCUGGGCGGCCUGGCGGAGGUGGUGACCCGGGUCCAGUGCAGCCUGGAGACCCUCUGGAACGCCCGGCUGGAUGUGGCCGUCACCGGGGAGUCGGGGGCCGGCAAGUCCACCUUCGUCAACGCUCUGCGAGGCCUGAGCGACGAGGACGAGGGGGCGGCCCAGACCGGCGUGACCGAGACCACGGCCCAGCCCACGGCCUACCCCUACCCCGGCUACCCCAACGUGACGCUGUGGGACCUGCCGGGCAUCGGCACGCCCAGCUUCCGGGCCGACCGCUACCUGGAGGCCGUGGAUUUCACUCGCUACGACUUCUUCAUCAUCCUGGCCUCGGAGCGGUUCAAGGAGAACCACGUCCGCCUGGCCCGGGCCAUCGUGGAGCAAGGGAAACGCUUCUACUUCGUGCGCGCCAAGGUGGACAACGACCUGGAGGCCACGCGGAGGAGGAAGGACCCGCCCGAGGAAGAGGAGGUGCUGGAGGAGAUCAGGAGGGACUGCCGGGAACGGCUGGGCCAGGCCGGGCUGGGCGACACCAAGGUCUUCCUCCUCAGCAGCUUCGAGCUCGAGAAAUACGACUUCCAGGCCUUCGAGGAGACCUUGGAGCGAGAGCUGCCGGGGCACAAGCGUCACGCCUUCCUCCUCUCCCUGCCCAACCUCUCGCGGGCCAUCAUCGAGAGGAAGCGGCAGCUGCUGCACCAGGAGGUCUGGAAGGUGGCCUUGCUCUCCAGCCUGGUGGCCGCCGUGCCCUUGCCGGGUCUGGCCUUCACCUGCGACGUCUCCAUCCUGCUGAGGAAGCUGGCCGCCUACCGGCAGGAUUUCGGGCUGGACGCGGCCUCCCUGGCCCGGCUGGCGGAGAGGGCCGGGAAGCCGCUGGAGGCGCUGCGGGCCGAGGUGCGCAGCGUGCUCGGGCGCGGCAUCAACAAGGAGGUGGUGAUCGGGCUGCUGGGGAAGGCCACCGGCGGGGGCUUGGUGGUGGUCAACUUCUUCUUCCACCGGAUCCCCAUCUACGGGGCGCUGGCCUCCGGGGGCAUCUCCUUCCACACCACCUACUCCAUGCUCAGCCAGUGCCUGGAGGAGCUGGCGGCCGACUCCCAGCGGGUCCUCGUCAAGGCCUUCGACAGCGAGGUCUGAGGGGGCUUCCAGCCACGCGAGGGGAUCCCCUCCCGCAGCGAAGGCAGAACGGCCGUGUUAUUGUAGGGUCUCCCGGGUGGGUGGGGGCCACGUGCAUUGCUUGGUUAUUGUAGGGUCUCCCGAAAGGGGCCUGCACUCCCUGUCCUCUCCCGAAAUCUCUGCCCCCUCACCCCGUAUGCCCAUGGCUACCGUCUCAGCACAGCCACCCUCAUAGCAACCCCCCUGCUGAGGCAAUCGGCCGUAGCUCCACUGCAGUCGAUGGGGGCAGAUCCCCAGCAGGCCCCGAUGCCCCAGCGCAGCGCUAGGGGGGCGCUGUGCUGCAGGGGGCAGGAUGGGGGCUCUCCCUGGCAGUCAGUGCCGGCCCCGAUGCCCCAGCGCGGCGCUAGGGGGCGCUGUGCUGCAGGGGGCAGGAUGGGGGCUCUCCUUGGCAGUCAGGGCCGGCCCCGAUGCCCCAGCGCGGUGCUAGGGGGCGCUGUGCUGCAGGGGGCAGGAUGGGGGCUCUCCCUGGCAGUCAGUGCCGGCCCCGAUGCCCCAGCGCAGCCCUAGGGGGCGCUGUGCUGCAAGGGGCAGGAUGGGGGCUCUCCCUGGCAGUCAGUGCCGGCCCCGAUGCCCCAGCGCGGCGCUAGGGGGCGCUGUGCUGCAGGGGAUAGGGUUGGGGGGCGAUUCUCCUUGCAGUUCUCCCCCCACAGCCCCCGAAGUCCCCGAGGUUGCUAACACAGACCCUGUCCCGCCUCUGCCCCACGGCGGCUCCGGCUCAUGCAGGGAUCUUGGCGUGACGCAGGCCCACGGACGAGGCCUCUCUCAGUCCGCGGGUGGGUUUGAGCUGGCUUGUGGGGCUUGGGUCCAGCCCUGUUCCCUGGCUUUUGGGGGGCAGCCCUGAAAUGCAGGGGGGCCUGUUCUGCAGGGGGCCCCUGACGGUCCUCGAAAGGGGCAAGUGUGUGUGUGUGUGGGGGGUCCUUCCACAGCUCUGCCCGUAUGGGUUUGUACAGCACCUAGCGCUACCGUAACGCACCUAAUAAAUAGCAAUCAUGAUGUACCACA